AUUCUGCAAAUAUAAUUAAUUUAAAAUUAUUUCCAACUUAUCGUAAUCCUCCACCAGUUUAUGAUUAUCACGUACCAAUUUGCACGGUUAACCUUGAAGUGUUGAUGGACGAAAACUGGGAUAUUACGAUGAAAAAGAUAGCAACGCGUAUUAAUGGCAUACAUCAUGUUAAAAAAAUAGCAGAAUUGGCGGAUGUGGAUUAUGGACUUGCUAGGAAAUGCAUGGAACAUUUGUUAUACUAUGGAUGUGUUAUCAUGGUUGAUAUUUUUCAGUUUUCAAAUGUGUAUGCCGUAAAACCAGAUAUUACUAGAAUAAUUGAGGAUGAAGCAAUUCAGAGUGAAUGUUCAUCUUACGUUAGAAAACCAGGUACAAUGUCACCUUCAUUUGCCAAAUUAUUUUCUCUGUAUUGUCUAUUGAAACAUGGAUUUACUCUCAAAGAAUGGGUACAAGAAAAUCAAGUCGCGUCUCUAAAUAUAGACAUAAGACGUUUCAUAUCCUUUGGUGUAAUUAAAGGAUUUUUAUAUCGAGUUCAUAAAUAUCCAGUGUUACCCGAGCCACACAAUCAACAAAGCAAAUUACCGUCUAAAUUGCGAAGGUUGCUUAAUGGUAAACAUCAUUAUGAUGAGAUUUGUACGAUGGAAGGUUGUAGUGCCCGCGAACUUGAUGAAAUCCUAAGUGCUGAACCCGAAGUCAAAUUUAUUUGGAGAUAA